AAAAGGAGUUAUCGAUUGGGAGAGGCUGAAAAGCUGAAAAGCUGAAAAGCAACGACUAUUACGAUCCAACGUGCUUGUGGAAAUUACCAUUGGGGACGCACAUAGAUACCCCCAAACGUGUGUCCAUUUUGGUUAGCCAAACAAAGCAAAGCUGACAGAAAAAGAAAAAAGAAAAAAAGAGAAUGAAAAAGGAAGAAAGAGAAAGAUCUUUUUCAGGCCACAAAGAGUUUGUGGCUGAAAUUGUAGGUUGCUUCUGAUGUGGCACCUCUACCUGCUUCGCCGGAUCAACAACAAAACGCACACUCUCACACAACGUACAAAAACAAAAAAAGGAGCUUUUUUUAUUAACGAAAUAGGGAAAAAAGGUAACGGAAAUGUCGGAGGCUAAAGACCCGGCGAUCAAGCUCUUCGGGAAGACGAUCCCGGUGCCGGAGAUUCCCGCCGAAGCUCCGGCCCUGUCUUCCGGCGAUGUUGUCGAUGACAGUGCUGAACAGAGUCACGCUUCUUCCACCAACUCUUCCAGGGAGUCUCGUACCAACAGAGAUGCACCAGAGGUAGAUUUGGAUAAGGACACAUUGGGAGAAAAACCAACUGAUAAUAAGAAGGAAGAUGGAGCCCCCACCCAAUCAUCAGAAGAGGUCACUAAUCCAGAUGCUGCCUCUGGAACCUGUGAGGAAUCCAUUACCCUGUCGACCGAGAGGGAGGCUACUCCAUUGAAAACUUCAAAGACUGAAGAGGAGCAGGGUGAGACAAGUAAUUCACAGGAUAAGAACCUCAAAAAACCAGACAAAAUACUACCAUGUCCUCGCUGUAAUAGCAUGGACACUAAGUUCUGCUACUACAAUAACUACAACGUCAACCAACCCCGCCAUUUCUGCAAGAACUGCCAGAGAUACUGGACUGCUGGGGGGACCAUGAGGAACGUUCCUGUAGGAGCUGGUCGCAGAAAGAACAAGAAUUCUGCUUCUCACUAUCGCCAGAUAACUGUUUCUGAAGCUGCAAUCCAGAAUCCUCGAACCGACUUGCCAAAUGGGGCAUACCAUCCUUCCUUGAAAUGCAAUGGUACAGUCCUUACAUUUGGAACUGAUACACCCUUGUGUGAAUCAAUGGCAUCUGUUUUGAACCUUGCUGAUAAAACCGUGCACAAUUACACAAGAAAUGGAUUUCAUAAACCUGAAGAACUAAGAAUUUCUGUUCCCCUUGCCAGUGGAGAAAAAGGGGAUGAUCAAUCCAAUAAAUCCUCGAUCACCUCCACAAAGUCAAUGGAAGGAACAAGCACCAAUGGACCCCAAGAACAAGCUAUGCAGAAUAUUCAAAACUUCCCCCAAGUUCCCUUCUUUUCUGGAACCCCUUGGCCUAUCCCAUGGAAUCCAGUGCAGUGGAGCUCACCAGUACCACCACCUGCUUUUUGUCCCCCAGGAUUUACUGUGCCAUUCUAUCCUGCAGCAGCUUAUUGGGGCUGUGCUGUGCCAGGCGCGUGGAACAUCCCAUGGCUAGCGCAACCGUCAUCACCAAAAGUUGCAAACCCAAACUCUGGCCCUAACUCCCCAACCUUGGGUAAACAUUCAAGGGAAGACAACAUUCUCAAACCAAAUGAGUCAGGUGGCGAGGAUGAGCACAGCAAAGAAAACAACAAAGAAAAGUCCUUGUGGGUUCCAAAAACUUUGAGGAUUGAUGACUCGGGAGAAGCAGCAAAAAGCUCUUUAUGGACAACACUUGGGAUUAAAAAUGAUAAGGCUGACUCAAUUCCUGGGGGAGGACUCUUCAAAGCCUUCCCUUCAAAGAAUGAUGAGAAAAAUCAUUCAGUGCAGGCCUCACCGGUGUUGCAGGCCAAUCCAGCGGCGUUGUCUAGGUCCCUUAACUUUCAUGAGACCUCAUAAAUGUGUAGCUUAUAAAUUUGUAAUUGACUUGUGUUUUAGGUGCAGCAAACUGAUUUGGCAGUGUUCAACCGGUCCCGAGGGAAACACAAAUUGUAAAGCACUAAAGCCACAUUGGUUCACCAGCCUUGUUUGUAAGAAGAGUUAGUUCUGUUGUCCGCCAACUGAAGAAAGAGCAGUGGAUGGUUCUUCAUGCAUUUCCUUCCAAGGUGAAGGAGUAUUCUUGUGUUUGCAGAGUAUCUCUCCUAUCAUAGGUGACAUCUAGGCAGUUUUACCCUCUUCCCUUUCAUUCAGAUGGUUUUCUUAGUUCAUGUACAUAUACAUAUAUAUAUAUAAGUUCAUAGUGAGAUAUAGUGAGUUUGUUUUCCUAGACAUAAUAUGUAUAUAAAUAAGAAUGAGAAUGAGAAUUCAAAUUGAACUUCUUCUUCUGGUUU